AUGCCUAUCGUUAUAGGACCCGAGUUGGGAAACAACGCGAGGUAUGUGUGAAGGCUAAUAACAAAUGUGCGUGCACUGAAUGAAGAUUAAAGACAAAAUCCAGGUCUAACGCUUGACGCGUGGGAAAAUGACGAAAAGGAAACGUCAGGAUGAUUUCCAAAAAGUUAAACUGAAGGUGGGCAAGAAGAAACCAACCCCAGACAAUGCAACCAAUGUCAGUUUCCGAUCAAAGGGUAUCCAUCUCCCAGAGCAAUUGAAGCGCGAUGCGUCUGGUCCAACCACACAUCGUCAGCUUGGUAUUAAGGAACUACUCUCCCAGCUCCACCACUACAGUGCCUCAGUGAAGCAGGGCGCAUUGUGUGGCCUCCGUGAGCUGUUGACGUCUCACCCAGCACUGGUGGAGCAGCAUCUCUCCGCUCUCCUGAGUGAGGUGGCCGCUGCGUUCACAGACAAAGAUGGCAGCGUGCGCUCUGCUGCGCUGCGCCUGCUGCGCUUCGUGGCGCAGUGUGUGCCCAGCGAGCGUGUGGGACCUUUCUUCCCACUGCUCAGCGCCCACCUGACCUGCGCCAUGACACACAUCCAGGCGAGCAUCCAAGCGGACGCCAUGCUGGUCCUUGACGUCUUGUUGGAGCAUUACCCUGCUCUGCUGGCCCACAGACAUGCACACCUGCUCACCAACUUCCUGGAGCUCAUCUCCCGGCAGCGCCUCAGUGGAGGAGCCAAAGCCAAUGAGAAGGCGGGAGCAGGGAAGGCUGGGUGGGCCCUGUCUGUCACACCCGACCGUGGUGUCACAGCUCAGCAGUGGAGACUCACGGUGCUGCUCAGGCUGAGUCGAUUCCUGCAGGCCGUGGUGGAGGAGAGGCCGGAGGAGGAGAGUGUGGUGUCGGUGGACAGAGAGGGCAGGGAGAAGGGAAUAACAACUCCCCUCGAACUCAACUGGGACGACCACCCAUUUGGCAAAGGAGGAAUUCAGGUGUUUGAGAAUUCUGGAGCCACGCCCACUCCUCAUUCAACCUAUCGACUCAGGCCCGAUGUGGAUAAAGGUGUUGGUGUGGGAGAGGAGCUGAGCUCUGUGGAGAGGGUGCGGGGCUUUGCCGAGACGCUGGUGCCCUUGCUGCUGGAGGUGUGGGUGGAGACGCUCGGCACCGACAACGGACACCUGCUCUCUGGGGACGCUAUGGUGCUCAUGCUGCAGAUCCUCACCAUCCUGCAGCUCCUCAGGCGCCUGACUCCACAGCACCACCAACAGGAAGAACUGGACAUAUGGCUGCGUAACACCUAUCUCAGUGACUUCAAGCUGUACUUCAUGAAGAACUUCCCGUACGGACAGCUGGACACACCGUCCCCCCGCCACAAGAAGAGCUCCCACAGGAACCGGCAGCAGGUGCUGGCUGGUGCGGGCAGUGCGGCUAGCGUGGAGCCCCUGGCGCUGAACGUGACGCUGUGCCAGGUGAUGGUGACGCUCAGCCACAGGGGGCCCGGGCAGCCCGAGAGCCAGGACGCCGACUGGCUCGGGCCGAUCCGCAGCUUUGUGCGGGAGACGCUGACCACCGGCAGCAGGCUGAGCAGCAAGCAGCUGGGAGCCCUGCUGGAGGUGGUGCGGAGACUGGUGGUCAGCCAGAGAGGCCGAGCUGUCUCUGAGGACCUCCUCCAGGCAGUGUAUACUCAAUACCAGCAGAGGAACCUGACCAUGCCAGUGCGGCUCAUGCUGCUACGCUUCUUCAGUCAGCUCUACCUAAAGGAACGCCUCAACAGGAGUAAGAUCCUGACUCGCUGGCUAGCUGCUCUUCCUGUCCAGUUGGUGCAGCUGGGCUCCAGGAACCCUCAGCUGUCUGCGCAGAUCCUGCAGACGCUGCAGCACGCGGCUGCCUGGAAGAACAAGGAGCUGCUCAACAGCCUGCUGACGCAUGCGUGCAGCCUGUACGACCCGCAGGAGGGCUGUGUGGUGGUGUUGCCGGUGGACUCCCAGCAGCGGCUGGUGCAGAUGCUCUACUUCCUGCCCGCCUGCCCCCCUGAGCUGCUGUCCUGCCUCAGCCGAGUGUGCAACGACGGUGUGUGUGCGGCUGUCCUGAGGGUGGUCGCCCGCCUACUGGAUCUGAGUUUCCUGCCCAGCGACACACUUCUGCACUUCCUGUCUGACUGCUGUCUGAGCAUGCUCAGUCUACUCCUGCAGCUGGAACACAGUGCACACAAAAGGGAGGCGGUGUGGGGGGCGUGCCUGGCGGCGCUGAGCAGCGUGCCCCGGCUGCUGCGGCUCCUGCUGCAGUCGCUGCGCGUGUGCGACAUGUGCGAGGAGGAGUUCCCACAGCUGGCGCAGAUCCUCUCGCUCCUCAUGCAGCACACACACCUGCGCAACCACAUGGUCACCAACGCCUCUCUGCUGCAGCACAUCAUCCAGGAGCUCACGCGGUACUGUGGAGGGGAGUCUCGUGAACAGUGGCUGACCGACCUGCUGUACUGCUACAGUGUCACACUGUCUGGUCACCGUGGUAACCUCUACUAAACCCCUCCAACCUCAGCAGAAGCCCUGCCCCCAUCAUGACUUCUUCUCUUCUCCUCCCCAUCCCCCAUACACCUUGGUCUCCUUCACACUUGGUGUUUUUUCUUUGUUUUGUUUUGAUACUUAUUUCUUUUUUUUAAAAAAGGAAAAGUU